AAUUUUCUAGAAUUGCUUACGCAUAAAACGAGAUACAAAUUAAUUCCUUUAAUCCUAAACAAAUAUAGAAAACAAAGAAGAUGCUUCUCAGGACGGUUUUAUACCAAAAUUUAAUAUAUCAAAGAUAAAUGCGUGCAGACAUGAUCAGAGAUGAUGUAGAGACGCCUAUGUUUGCCCAAAAUAAGCACCUGUUUCCAAACGUUAUACACAUUUCAAGCCAAACAAAAUUAACCGAAGCCGUAAUGCACAUAUGUAUACAGUAUCUGAUAUAUGUAUGUAUGUACAAUAUAUGUACUUCAGAUAUGAAUGAAUUAUUUUUGAUUGGAUUGAAAGGUAGACAAUUUUCAAUGCCUAACUCUACUUGUAAAGACAAAUAUGCAUUAUCAGCAAAGAGAAUAUAGCUUUAGCUUACGUUUAAAAGUCUUCCAGUUUCGAGUUCCAUUUCUUUUUACGCUAAACAAAUUGUACACUAAGCAUUUAACAUCCAAAGAGUAUCACUUAUUGCAACCCGAGACGAAAGACUUUCGUUAGGUUCCGUAAAAAGAACAUGGGAUAAAAUAAAAUAGUAAUCAGGUUCCAGCAGGGGCUUUAAAUACAAGCGCUGAGCAAUGGAUUCGGUAUUUGGCUUCCAUCUUCUUCAAUAUGAGCAUCAAGUUCAAUGUGAAUGGCUUUCCGUACGAGGUGCAGCCAGCGGACUACGCCGCGGACAUCACUCUAAACACGUUCCUCAGGGAUCACCUCCAUCUGACGGCCACCAAGUACAUGUGCCUGGAGGGUGGCUGUGGCUCCUGCAUUUGUCUCAUUCGACGCCGACAUCCUAUUACAGGUGAAAUAAGUUCCCGUGCGGCCAACUCAUGUUUGACCCUGCUCAACAGUUGCAACGAUGUGGACAUUAUUACCGACGAGGGGCUGGGCAAUAAGAACAGCGGCUAUCACCCCAUACAGAAGCGCUUGGCUAAGCUUAACGGCACUCAGUGCGGAUACUGCACGCCGGGAUUCGUGAUGAACAUGUACGGGCUGCUGGAGAGUCAAGGGGGGCACGUGACCAUGGCUGAGGUAGAGGAUGCAUUUGGUGGCAAUAUAUGCCGCUGCACCGGCUACCGGCCCAUCCUCGAUGCCAUGAAAUCAUUUGCCGUGGACAGUAAUAUUGACGUUCCAGCGGAGUGCGUGGACAUUGAGGAUUCCUUUGAGCUGCUCUGCCCACGCACCGGCCAAUGCUGCAGCGGCAGUUGUUCUCGCCCGUCGCUGCCAGCUCAGAACAGCAGCCAUUGGUAUUGGCCAAAGACGCUCGCGGAGCUGUUCGAGGCACUGGCUCAGGUGCCUAACGAAGAGGAGUAUAUCCUGGUAGCGGGCAACACAGCGCACGGCGUCUACAGGCGGUCUAGGAGUAUACAGCACUUUGUGGAUGUCAACAUGGUGCCGGAGCUCAAGCAUCACAGCAUCGAACCGAACCGCCUAUUGCUGGGUGCCAACGUGACACUCACAGAUGCCAUGCAGCUCUUUCGACAGGCGCAACAACGCGCCGGCUUCGAGUAUUGUGCACAGUUGUGGACGCACUUCAACCUGAUUGCGAAUGUGCCAGUGCGAAAUAACGGAACUCUGGCGGGAAACAUCUCAAUCAAGAAGCAGCAUCCGGAGUUUCCCUCGGAUGUAUUCAUCACAUUUGAAGCUCUAGAUGCGCAGGUCUUGGUGUAUGAGAAUGCACGCAGUCAACGGGUAAUGAGCCUGUUGGCUUAUCUGCAGGAUACCACGCCCAAACUGGUCAUUGGUGCGUUUAUAUUACGACCCUAUCCCAAGCCGAAAUACUUGUUCAACUCCUAUAAGAUACUGCCGCGUGCUCAAAACGUACAUGCCUAUGUCAAUGCUGGUUUCCUUAUCGAGUGGCAGAAUACACAGCAUCGCAUAGUGGGCUCGGCUCGCCUUUGCCUUGGCAACAUUCGGCCUGAUUACGUGCACGCCCAAGAUGCCGAGCAAUUGUUGGUGGGUCGCGAACUCUACGACAGCGCCACAGUCACGCAAGUUUUCGAGCAGCUGCUGAGGAGCCUGCAGCCAGUGGAAAUGCCUCCUGAGGCAUCGCCUGAGUAUCGCCAGAAACUAGCCUGCGGGCUUUUUUACAAGUUUUUACUUGGGUCGGCGCCCGAGGAUCUUAUCCCGCAGCGUUUUCGCAGCGGAGGAGACUUGCUGGAGCGCUCCCUUUCAUCGGGAAGUCAAACAUUCGAGACCAUUCACAACAACUAUCCCGUGACACAGGCGGUGCAGAAGCUUGAGGGCCUCAUUCAAUGCUCCGGCGAGGCAAACUACGUAAACGAUCUACUGACCACUUCUAAUGCUAUGUACUGCGCCUUUGUGACGGCCAAGCGGGUGGGAGCCACAAUCGAACUGAUCGAUGCAACAGAUGCGUUCCAGUGCAAAGGCGUGGUUGCCUUUUUUGGAGUCAGGGACAUUCCAGGGGACAAUAACUUCAACAAUACCAAUUUGCUGACAGUCGAAGUGGAGGAGAUCUUUUGCUCCGGACGAGUUCAGCACUAUGAUCAGCCGCUGGGAGUAAUCGCUGCCGUUACCCACGAUCUGGCCGUAUAUGCGGCGACAUUGGUGCGGGUGACUUAUGCCAAUAACCAGGCGAAGAUCUAUACCAGCAUGAAUGCCGUGCUGGCAGACAAGGUGGAAAAUCGUCUCGUGACAAGCUGUGGGCCAACUGAGGAGUUUUCCAAGCCACCGGUCGACCCAGGCGAUGUGCUAGGACGUGGGAUUCUUGAGCUUGAUUCGCAAUACCACUUCACCAUGGAGCCACAAACGACGGUGGUGGUGCCUGUUGAACAGGGACUGCAGGUUUGGAGCGCCACUCAAUGGAUGGACGUGACACAGGCCAGCAUAUCGCGAAUGCUCAAAUUGGAGGCAAAUGCAGUCCAGUUACAGGUGCGACGCGUCGGCGGAGCCUAUGGUGCCAAGGUUACACGUUGUAACCAAGUGGCAUGUGCCUGUGCACUUGUUGCACACAAAUUGAAUCGGCCAGCACGUUUUGUGCAAACUAUCGAAUCCAUGAUGGAGACAAACGGAAAGCGCUGGGCUUGUCGCUCCGACUACGAAUUUCAGGCGCGUGCUAAUGGCUCCAUACGCAUGCUCAGCAACAACUACUACGAGGAUGCGGGCUGCACCCUUAACGAGAAUGUCGUCGACUUUCUCACCUUACCAGCAAUCAAAAAUGUGUACAAUCUGACCAACUUGAACUUCAAAACAAAGGGUACUGCUGUAAAAACGGAUGCGCCCAGCUCAACAUGGUGUCGGGCGCCAGGAACAGCAGAGGCCAUUGCUAUGACAGAAACGGCACUGGAGCACAUUGCCUUUGCGUGUAAAUUGGACCCAGCGGAUGUGCGUCUUGUAAAUCUCCGACCGGGCAGCAAAAUGGUACAGCUGCUGCCUCGAUUCCUGGCUUCCACUGAGUACCGCAAACGUCGGGAGCAAAUCAACUUAUUUAACGCUCAAAACCGAUGGCGCAAACGAGGUUUGGGUUUGGCACUAAUGGAGUUUCCUUUAAAUGUGAGCAUCGCCUUGUGCUACCCCACGACGGUGGCUAUUUACCAUGCGGAUGGCUCGGUGGUCAUCUCGCACGGUGGCAUUGAGAUAGGUCAGGGCAUAAAUACAAAGGUAGCUCAAGUGGCUGCGUUUGUGCUAGGUGUGCCGCUAGAGCGCGUGCGUGUGGAGAACAGCAAUACAAUCACGGGAGCCAAUUCUUUUGUGACAGCCAACUCAAUGGCCAGUGAACUGGUUGGAAUUUCCGUGCGCAAAGCCUGCGACACACUUAACCAGCGUCUAGAGCCGGUCAAGCGCAGGUUGGGCGCCAAGGCUAGCUGGCAGCAGGUUAUCGAGUCGGCCUUUACCCAAUCGAUCAGUUUGAUUGCAACUGAAUCUUACAAAAUGGGUGAUCAAAGUGGCUACAGCAUACAUGGUUUGAGUCUGAGCGAGCUUGAAUUGGACAUAUUGACUGGCAACCACGUGAUACGUCGCGUUGACAUCCUAGAGGAUGCGGGCGAGAGUCUCAGUCCCAGCAUUGAUGUCGGUCAGGUUGAAGGAGCCUUCGUCAUGGGUCUGGGUUACUAUCUAACCGAGCUAAUGCUCUACGACCGCCAAACGGGUCGCCUUCUUACGAAUCGCACUUGGAACUAUCAUCCACCAGGCGCGAAGGAUAUACCGAUAGAUUUCCGCAUUGAGCUACUGCAAAAAAGUCCCAACCCCGUUGGUUUCCUACGCUCAAAGGCCACGGGCGAACCGGCUCUCUGUCUGGCUGUGGGCGUGCUCUUCGCCAUGCAGCAUGCUAUACAAUCGGCCAGGCAGGAUGCCGGAUUGCCGCGGGAAUGGGUGCGACUGGGCGCACCAACCACACCAGAAACCGUUGUAUUAUCAGCGGGUAAUGAAGUUCAGCAAUUUGCAUUACAAUAGUUUAAAAAUAUAGCUAUAUCUAUUGCUAUUACUAUACUUAUAUAUAAUCCUUUUCUCCUAAAGUUUGGUGUUCAAUUAUUUUUAGAUAUGGCAUUGAUUUAUUUUUUCGAAAUUGCGAUUCAAAAAUUAGUUUAAAUCGUACCUUUAAAUUCUAGUUAGCACAGUUCCCUUAACCAAUACUCUUAAACAAAUCAAAGAGAAUUUUUAUAUUCUCCCUAUCUAAGCCUAAAGCAAAAGAGACCAGCCUGCUAUAUCGAUCCAUUUGGUUAUAGCUCAUUGUUUACUCUUAUCGGUGAUUUGAUUAGAAGUGAUAUGAAAAAAAAACCAAUUGAAGAAUAAAAGAGUGCAGCUACUAAACUGGACAGUUUCAGUAGUGCUAAAGUCACCGUGGACUUAUCAUCGGCAUUGGAAUUGGUUGCAGAACAUUAUGAAAUUCAUCAUUAAAAAGUAUUUAAAUACAGCAAAAUCAGAUUAAUGCACCUGACUAACGGUAUAUAUAAAACUAAGGACAAUGUACAUAUGUAUGUGCCCAGAGUUGAGCUGUUUUCGUUCAAUUAAACAUUGAAAUGUUAA